CUUGGUCGUGCACCUGAGUAAUGCUACCUUCCUGGGGUCCUUAAGUAACCAGAGCUCAUUAAAGCUCCGGGUCACUCCCUACUCCAGACCACAGUAGUCAUCUGACCAAGCCGGUCUGGGUCAGGUGACAGGAGCAGCGUGCACUUAGCAGAAGCCGGAAAGCGAGCGCUAGGCAGCUUCUGCGGGGACAGUGAAGGUUCCCGGCUUCCCUGGUGAGUUGCGGUUUCCCCGAGGAUCCCAGGCUGGCGCGCAUGCGCCUGGGGCUCCUGAUGCUUCUGCCGCUGCUGCUGCUGCUGCUCCUGAGGCCUUGCGGGGUCACGAGAGCCCUUAGCUAUGAUCCCACAUGGGAAUCUCUGGACAGACGCCCGCUGCCAGCCUGGUUCGACCAGGCCAAGUUCGGCAUCUUUAUCCACUGGGGAGUGUUCUCUGUGCCCAGCUUUGGUAGCGAAUGGUUCUGGUGGUAUUGGCAAAAGGAGAAGAAACCCCAGUUUGUGGACUUUAUGAACAAUAAUUAUGCUCCUGGUUUUAAGUAUGAAGAUUUUGUAGUGCUAUUUGCAGCCAAGUAUUUUAAUGCAAAUCAGUGGGCAGAUAUUCUCCAGGCCUCUGGUGCCAAAUAUGUGGUCUUCACUUCUAAACAUCAUGAAGGCUUUACAAUGUGGGGCUCAGACCGUUCUUGGAACUGGAAUGCAGUCGAUGAGGGGCCAAAGAGGGACGUUGUCAAGGAGCUUGAGGUGGCUGUGAGGAACAGGACUGACUUGCACUUUGGUCUGUACUAUUCUCUUUUUGAAUGGUUCCAUCCGCUCUUUCUGGAGGAUCAGUCCAGCUCAUUCCAAAAGCAGCGAUUUCCCAUUUCUAAGACAUUGCCUGAGCUCUAUGAGUUGGUGAACAGAUACCAGCCUGAAGUCCUGUGGUCAGACGGAGAUGGGGACGCGCCAGAUCACUACUGGAACAGCACUGGCUUCUUAGCCUGGCUGUAUAAUGAAAGCCCAGUUCGGGACACAGUAGUCACCAAUGAUCGCUGGGGAGUCAGUUCUAUCUGCAAACAUGGUGGCUACUAUACUUGCAGUGACCGUUACAAUCCUGGCUAUCUCUUGCCACACAAAUGGGAAAACUGCAUGACAAUAGAUAAGUUCUCCUGGGGCUACAGGCGGGAAGCUGAAAUCAGUGAUUAUCUUACAAUUGAAGAGUUGGUGAAGCAACUUGUGGAAACAGUCGCAUAUGGUGGAAAUCUUUUGAUGAAUAUUGGUCCCACGGGAGAUGGCACCAUUCCUGUCAUUUUUGAGGAACGAUUAAGGCAAAUGGGAACCUGGCUGAAGGUCAACGGGGAAGCUAUUUAUGAAACACACACUUGGAGGUCUCAGAAUGACACUGUCUCUCCGGAUGUGUGGUACACAUCUAAACCCGAGAAGAAAUUAGUCUAUGCUAUUUUUCUUAAAUGGCCCAUCUCUGGAAAACUGUUUCUUGGACAACCCAUAGGUAGUCUGGGGGAAACAGAGGUAAAACUGCUGGGCCAUUGGAAGCCACUGACUUGGACAUCUUCACAGCCCAGUGGCAUUACCGUGGAGUUACCUCUGCUCAGCAUACAUCAGAUGCCCUGUAAAUGGGGAUGGACUCUCGCACUAAGUAAUGUGAUUUAACCUGCAGCAGAAAGACGUAUGCUGCAGAGAAGCUAGAAACUCCUAAUCUUCUACUGAAGCCUUAACACUCCACGUGGCUGUAUUGGAAACAGAGCUCUUGAAAUGGUUAAGAUUAAACCAUCAUAGGGCUAGCCCUAAUACCAGAGGACUUGGUGUCUUACAAGGGAGAGACAAUAAAGAUGCAAGACCACAGGGGAAAGCCAUGCAAAGAAGGCAGUUAUCCGAAAGCCAAGGAGAAGAGUGCAGAAGAAACCGAAUCUCUCUAACACCCUCAUCUUGGACUUCUAUCCUGUAGGACUGUGAGGAAAUAUAACUUCCUGUUGUUGAAGCCAUCCAGGAUGUCUUUGGUCUUCCCCAUACCACCCAUCAUAAAUCCUCAUAUAUAAUGCAGACUGUAUGUAAUGAAUUUGAUUAGAUAUAUGUGUCCAAUGAAUUCCAUAAUUAUCUUUUCUUUUUAAAGACUUCCCUCAUAUUCAUAAAGCUUCUAUUUGCUGUAGAAAUUUUGAAACACAAGUCACCGCCUAGACCACUGCAAUUAUUUUAUAAUAUUUUAGUAUGUAUUCUUCCAGUUUGGGGACGGAAAGAGGUGUGAGAUUGGAGGGAUAGGGCUAUUUGUUUUAAUGAGGGCUAAAACUCAGGUUGCAAACCUAGUUGAAAAUUGGGAAGGUGUUAUUAGCUUCUUUUCUGUUCCUGUCAUGAAACAUAAUGGCCAAAGCAGUAUACUGGAGGAAGAGUUUAUCAUGGCUUAUAGUGUCAGAGGGUUAUAUGAGAGUCUGUCAUAGUAUGAAGAUACAGCAGCAGGCGAGCACAGCAGCUGGAGACCACCACAUCUUCAACUGCUAGCAUGAGGCAGAGAGUGAACUGGGUAGGGUGAGCACUAUAACUGUGGUUCUCUACCGCCGUCCUAAUGCUGCGACCCUUUUUAUAGUUCCUUAUGUUGUGGUGAACUGCCCCCCCCCAUACAAUUAUUUUUGUGUGUGUAAUUUUGCUACUGGUAUGAAUUGCAAUGUAAAUAUUUUUGAAGAUAGAGGUUUGCCAGAGGGGUCACGACCCUCAGGUGGUGAGAGCACCACUGCUCUAAUCUAUCAAUGCCUACUGGCCCUGCGGUACACUUCCUCCAGGAAGGCUGUGUCACCCAACUCUUCCCAAAUGGUGCCACCAACUGAAGACCAAGUGUUCAAAUACCCGAAUCUAUGGAGGAUUUUUCUCAUCCAAUCCCCCUCUCCCAUCCACCCACUCCCAACCCCAUACACAAAUAACCUACUAAGAUCUUUGUCUAAGUUUCUUUUCUGUUGCUGCGAUAAAACACGGUGAGCAAGGGAACGUAUAAGAGAGAGAGCGUUUAACUGGGCUUGUGGGUACAGAGGACUGGAGCCUACAGUGGCAGAGUGAAGGUGUGGAGGUAGGCAGCUGAGCAGCUGCUGAGAACUCACAUAGUGAUCCAUAUGCAGUAGACAGAGAGACACUAGAGAAGGCUUCUGACAAGCAAGCUAGCACUUCCUAACCCUUCUCAAACUUCCCUCGAAUGAGAACCAAGUAUUCAAACAUUAGGCAACGGUGGCCAUUCUCAUUCAAACUACCACUGUGGUCCUGUAAAAGAAGAUAAAAAUAAUUGUAGCGGAAUUCUCCCCUAAUUAAUUAAAUAAUAAAGAUGACGAGAAGACAAUCACGGGGCAAGUAGCAGGUGGGCCUUCCAAGUAAGAGAGAGGAAGAGGAAGGGAAUGCAGGAGGAGGGCACUCCCUUUUGGAUAGGGAGGCAGGAGUGAAAGCUGGCAAAACAGACCAGGGACUGUUAGAUCUGGUGGCAGAUUCCACCAGAAUCUGCCACUGGAAGAUUUCUAACAUAGAAUAGUUAAUGAGUUUAGGGUGAUAGAUUCUGCACCCAGGAGUUGUGUUAUCUGUUGAUUCUAAACCAAGACAGUCUGGUGUUUUCCAUUUGCUGCGACUCAACUGAGCUCUAGGGGAAAGGUACCUGCAGAGGAGCAUGGGUUGGCGAGAGUGUGCCCCCCCCCCCCCAGCUUUGGAAAUUUGAGUGUGUUGAGCAGUUUAGCAGCACCUAGCUGCAGGGGUUGGGUCACUGGGAACUGCACUUCAGCAGCAAGCAUGGCGAACCACCACAUGGGGCUAGCCACUGGGGCAGGGAGACUGCCUCAGCCAGUGUAGCCGGUGAUAGCAUGGAUUGAUUUUUAAUUAUUACACAUAAAAAUAAUAGUGACUCUGAUACAUGUUUAAAGAAAAAUUGAUUAAAGAACUCAUUCCCAAAAGGUGUUCUCAACAUGGUCAGAUGUGAUGAUGCGCACCUAUAUUCAUUCCCAGACUAGAGAGGCUAAGGCAAGAGGAUCACAAACUCAAGGCCAGUAUGCACUACAAUAGCUACACAGACCAUCUCAAACAAAACAAAUAUUUUUAAAUGGUCAUAUCUUUUUUGUUAUAUUAUGUAUUCAAAUUCAUUGUUUUU